UCUGAUGCCCAAAAAUGCUGCCUGUGUAGACUGAUAGACAAUGACGCCCAACAAUGUUGUCUAGUUUGGCAGCUCAGUAGGCUCUGAUAGGUGGGUAGCUGUAUAAAUAGGUUGCUCACUAGGUUUGAGACACAGUCCUUGCUGCUGUUUUCCAUCCUUGACUAGGUAGGGUGCUUAUUGUUCAAGAUUGUGUGAAGUAGCCUUCCAUGGUGUUGCUGUAUGAGCUCAUGGUGUUGUUUAAUGCAUUCGUGUGACUUGAUACUCUUGAUCAAUUAAAUUCGAUUUUCUACAUAAACACAUUUCUAAAUGUUUCUUCCCCUCGGCAGUCAGUUUGAUGUCUUACUGAAUGUGACAAGAAAUGAAUAAACCCAAAAUGGCGGCAGAAAAAAGUGCUUCCCGGGUGCUGAUGUUGCUGAGUCAGCUGGAAAGACUGAACGAGGAGCCCAAAGUCUCUGAUAAUGAUGCCAUGCGGCAGAUCACAGGCAAAAUCCUUCACCUCAUCCAGACUCAAGAGAAGACCCGUAAUGAGGUGGCGUCUAAAAGCUCUGGUGGGAUGGAGAUCAUUCUGUCGUCUCUGGAGAAUACACCGGAUUUGCAGACCACUCUCAACAUCCUCGCUAUCUUGAAUGAACUGUUGACUGUGGGUGGAGGCCGCAGGACCGGGGUGUUUGUGUCUAAGGGAGGAACAGCUGUUCUUCUGCAGCUGCUGGUGAGCUCCAGCAAAGACCCUCCGGCCAAUGAGGAACUGAUGCUUCACAUUCACUCUCUACUGGUCAAAGUCGGCCUCAAAGACAGGAAGUUUGGUGUAAAAGCGCGUCUGAACGGGGCUCUGAAUGCGACUCUGAAUCUAGUGAAGCAUAAUCUUCAGAACUACAAGCUGUUGCUGCCGUGCCUUCAGGUGCUUCGGGUCUACUCAAGCAACUUGGUAAAUGCAGUGUCGCUGGGAAAGAGUGGCGCUUUGGAGAUCAUGUUCGAAAUCAUCGGACCCUUCAGCAAAAAGAGCACCACUCUGCUGAAGGUGGCCUUGGACACACUGGCGUCAUUACUGAAGUCUGGAAUGAAUGCCCGUCGGGCAGUGGACACAGGAUAUCUUCCCACGCUACUCACAAUCUACCAAGAUUGGCACCGCAAUGACACACGUCACCGCCAUGUGGUCAUCCGCAAGAGCAUUCUGGGAUGCAUCAAAAACCUCACUAACAUUAAGCUUGGCAGGAAGGCCUUCAUAGACGCCAACGGGAUGAGAAUCCUUUAUAACACAUCCACUGAGUGCCUGUCUGUCCGGACACUGGAUCCUCUGGUCAAUACCUCCAGCCUAAUUAUGAGGAAGUGCUUUCCAAAGAACCGCCUACCACUGCCUACUAUUAAAAGUGUCUUUCACCACCCUCUACCACACAUACCAGCCGGUGGACCGGUGGCGCAGCUGUACAACCAGCCGCCUGGAGUGGAUGAUGUAGUUGAUGAGAGCGAUGAGAAUGAAGCCACAGAGGUCGACACAGAAAAUGACACAGAAUAUGAUGAGGAUGAAACCGCUCACAAAACACAGAAUGAUGACAUAGAGACAGAUAUCAACAAACUGCGGCCCAUACAGAUGAAUACGCGUCCGUUCGAUGAGCUCAGAGCCUACGAGUAUUUCUGUCGGGAAUUCAGUGAGAAUUUUGAGGAUGAUGACUUUGAAAGCCCCAGAUCUGUCAUCCCUCCAUCAAGUGUUAACUCCGAGCUUCAUCGUCCCAUCAUCAUUCCCACCACGCCGAGCUCCCUGGGGCCUCAGAACAGACGUCCGCUGCGAGAGGACCUUCUGACGCCCAAGUCAAAUGAUUCCCCUCUGGAGCUGGACAGCAUUUCCAUCUCAAAAAGGCCAGAGGGCACAGCGGACCCCGAUCUGGUCUGUAGUUUGGGCAGCCUGGUUCUAGAUACUGGCGUGAAUGGAGGCUCUGUGGAUGGGCCUCAGGACGAGGGCGGGGAACAAGCGGUGCUGGAAGUGCCAGACACCGCAGCACUGCUGCCGCUGCACGACCCUGACCUUUACUUAGAGAUUGUGAAGAGCACCCGCUCAGUGCCCGCCUACACAGAGGUGGCUUACCCAGAUUACUUUGGGCAUGUGGCACUCAAUCUCCGCGAGCCCAUUCUCGAGAGGGCUUAUGGUGUGCAGAGAACGAAGAUUUUCCAGGAUAUUGAGAGGCUCAUUCAUUCCAGUGACAUCCUCGAUAAAGUCGUAUAUGACUUAGACAAUCAGAGUUGUCCAGUAAUUGACAACGGGGAGUCUCUCAAGUUCAACUCUAAGUUUGAGUCUGGAAACCUACGGAAAGCAAUACAAGUCAGAAAGUUUGAGUAUGACUUGAUCUUGAACUCGGAUAUCAAUAGUAAUCACUACCACCAGUGGUUCUAUUUCGAGGUGGGCAAUAUUCGUCCUGGAGUUCGUUAUCGAUUCAACAUAAUCAACUGUGAGAAGUCCAACAGCCAAUUCAAUUAUGGCAUGCAAGUGCUCAUGUACUCCGUACAGGACGCCAUCAACGGCAGCCCCCAUUGGGUUAGAACAGGAUCAGACAUCUGUUACUACAAAAAUAAUUUCUCACGAAGCUCCAUUGCAGCUGGCGGUCAAAAGGGCAAAUCCUACUUCACCUUGACCUUCACUGUGACCUUUCAGCAUAAAGAUGAUGUUUGCUACUUUGCAUACCAUUACCCAUACACCUACUCAAUGCUGAAGAUGCAUCUGCAGAAGCUGAGUGCUUUGCGCACAGCUCAGAUCUACUACAGACAGGAUGAUCUGUGUGAAACUCUGGGAGGAAACAGCUGUCCCCUUCUCACCAUCACAGCCAUGCCAGGAUCAUCCAGCAAUGAUCACAUCAGCCAGUUCAGAAGCCGUCCAGUGAUGUUUCUGUCUGCGCGAGUACAUCCUGGAGAGACUAACUCUAGCUGGGUGAUGAAGGGCACUCUAGAGUAUCUCAUGAGUUGCAGUCCCCAAGCCCAACGUCUACGAGAGUGCUACAUCUUCAAAAUCAUCCCCAUGCUCAACCCUGAUGGUGUCAUUAAUGGAAAUCAUCGUUGUUCUCUGAGUGGGGAGGAUCUGAACAGACAGUGGCAGAAUCCCAAUGCCGAGCUGCACCCCACCAUCUACCACGCCAAGAGUCUCCUGCAGUACCUCAGAGCUACAGGAAGAACUCCGCUGGUGUUCUGCGACUAUCACGGCCAUUCACGGAAGAAGAACGUUUUCAUGUACGGCUGUAGUAUUAAGGAGACGGUGUGGCAGACCAAUGUCAACACCAGCACCUGUGAACUACACGAGGACCUUGGAUACAGGACUCUGCCAAAGCUGCUGUCUCAGAUGGCUCCAGCAUUCAGUCUGUCCAGCUGCAGUUUUGUAGUCGAACGCUCUAAAGAGACCACGGCGCGAGUGGUGGUGUGGCGAGAGAUCGGAGUGCAGCGCAGCUACACCAUGGAGAGCACGCUGUGUGGCUGCGACCAGGGCAAAUACAAGGGGCUCCAGAUCGGUACAAGUGAACUGGAAGAAAUGGGUGCUCAGUUUUGUUUGGCUCUGCUCAGGCUAAGACGCUUCACGUCCCCCUUAGAGCUCCACAACCACAACUCCCAUCUGCUGGACACGGAGAACGACCUGAUAGACACCCGCAGCAUCCCCAACAUCACCAGUCCCACCACAUACGUGUUGGAAGAGGAUGAGCCAGCGUUCCUGGAGGAAGUCGACUACAGCGCAGAAAGCAAUGACGAGAAUGAUCCUGAUCUUGAACCCGAUCUCCAGGAUAACCAUGCCCUCCCGGACCCCAAUUCUGACUCAGAGUUCAGCCGCCAAGACUCACUUAACUGAAAUAGAACCAGACUUACUUUAGUGUAAGGCUUUAGCUGAUCUCACCGGUCAUUUGCCUGUGUACUACAUCACUCGUGUUUGCUUAAUUGCCUAUUUUAUAGAAACUCGUUUGUUCACAAAGUUGACCUAAAUCAGAAUAACCUAACUUCAAAAUUGUCUUUCUAACAACAAACAUAACAUAAUAAUGCAGAAGAUCCUUUUGAGACCAUAAUGCUUAUAGAUGCUUUACAAGUUACACCAUUAUUAGUAAUGUUAGAAAUCAAUCUAGAACACGUCAUUAUUAAAAUGGAGGUAAAGUUUUGUCGCUAUUUACUUAUCCUCAAGUUCCAAACCGGUUUAACUUUCAAAAUUCUGUGGAACACAAAAGUAGAUGUUUUGAAGAAUGUUCACACUUCUCUGUGUUUCGUACAAUGAAAAUGUAGUUUCAAAGGGAUAGUUCACCCAAAAGUGAAAAUUUGCUGGGGG